AUGGGAAUUAAUGAAAUCAAAAGGCCCAACUGUGUUCGCAAAUCUCGAUAUGGCUGCCGCAACUGCAAACUGAGGAAGGUCAAGUGUGAUGAAGCCAGGCCGCAUUGCUUGAGAUGUCGGACCUACGGGGUCCAAUGUAAUUUUAAUUUAGAUACGAGUGAUCUCCAACCACUCAAAGAAAGAUGCGAUCGGUCAAGGAAACAGAUACAGCCUCACUGCACGCCCCUGCGUCCUACCAUUGAUAAUGCAAUCUGGGCGAGUGAUGGAAUGAGCUUUUUCAAACUGGAUCAGUAUGACUGGGAUCUUUUUAACCGAUUUCGUCAUCGGACCCUUUAUUCCCUUGGAGGGUCCGACAUUGUGCAAAUCUAUGAAGACCAUAUGCUAAAAGCCUCCUUUACAUGCCCCUUUCUGUUCCACGGCACAUUAGCCGUAGCAGCUGUCCAUGAUCGCUACCUGACGCUGUCUCCAACCCGCCGCUCAUUGCGAGAAUCAUACCACUGGUCCCAAUGCACAACACUCUUCAAAACAUGGCUCACCCAAAAGAUUGAAGAAGAGCACAAGGAUCCUAUCUGGACUACGACCGGUACUCUAAGUAUCCUCGCCUUUGCAUCAAUCAAUGCCGUUUCUACAGAUGACGCAUGGCCUCUAGGCUCACCAGACUCAUCUGAUCUAGAAUGGUUACGACUCGGAAGCGGAAAAAUCUCGUUAUGGAAUCUUGUGGAUCCGUUAAGACCAGAAAGUGCGUUUCGCGUCAUGAUUGAGACGUUGAUACGCAUGCGCACGCCCUUGCCUAUCAGAGGUACCGAGGGUGCAUCAAAAGAUCUAGCCCAGCUUUGUGAAUUGAAUGAGACUUCAACCCAGGCAAAUAAUGUCUAUUUUACUGUUGUGCAUAGCUUGUCUCGGGUUCUCGUCAUACCACAAGAGAAAAUCGCACUAGGUGACGCUCUUAUGGUUUCCAACUGCAUGCACAACAAAUUUGAGGAUCGCUUGCGGAAUAAGGACCCGGUCGCGCUCCUACUACUGUGUCUAUGGUAUGCUAAAGCUCGUCGGGUGAGAUGGUGGAUUGAUUUUCGUGCUAGAUUUGAACUUCCGGCUAUAUGCAAGUAUCUACAGCGAUAUCACAGUGGGAAUAUUCCUAUUCAAUCACUUAUCCCAUGGGGGGAAAUCAUGAAUGAUGUUUAG